AUGGAUGGGGCUGAAGGGCUUCCGAGCCCGACAGAUCCUGGAAAAAUGGACGCUCAGACUACGAAGGAAAACGCGCCAAAACUGAACAACUCUAAGGAAUCGUUUUUAUAUACAAUUCGAGAUGAAGCACCAUAUCGAGUAAUUGUCGAAUGCUUAAACGAGACGAAAAUCAAUAAAUUUUCGCUCGGAUCAGCGAUUCGAAAAAUGGAAAAGUAUCGGAACCACGUUAUCGACCUGAAAUACCUUGGACGGAACAAAAUAAUAGUUUUUUUGAACAGCUAUACAAAAGCGAAUCUUUUUGUUGAGGACAAAAAGCUGGAAAAGCUUGGAUACAAAGCGUAUGUACCGCGACAUUUGUGUUGCGUAACUGGAGUCCUCGCGGGAAUUCCAACGCAUAUCGAUAUUCGUGAAAUAAAGGCGGAAAUUGAAUGCGACUGCCAGGUUGUAGACGUUUAUCGUUUAAACCGAUUCAGAAACGGAAUAAAGGAACCGACAACCCGAGUAAGUGUAACAUUUCGCGCUAACCAGCUACCAGAAAUGGUUAAAUUAUUCUGCUGCACUAACAAGGUGCGACCUUUCGUGCAAAAAGUCUUGUUUUGCGAAAAAUGUCAUCGUUUCAAUCAUAAAACGGAUAACUGCAAAGGUAAACAACGGUGCUCAAGAUGUUCGCAGAUACACGACGAAAAGGACGAAAUCUGCACAAACCCUGUGAAGUGCCUGUACUGCAAAUCUUCGGACCAUAAAACUACUGAUGUAACAUGUCCGGAACGACAAAAGCAAAAAACGAUUAAAACAAUAAUGGCAAAACGAAGCUUAACAUUUGUGGAAGCACGAGAGCUUGUCGCACCUGUUCUAACCAGCAACGUGUAUGAAGCCCUUGCUGAGAGUGCAACAGACCCCACCCCAGCAGAAAGCUUCGCUUUUAUGGCGGCAAAUAAACAUAUUAAGAAACCGAUCCAGGUAACAGGUACUAUUCCGAAACGUAAAAUUGAAAUCCGGGAGAGAAAUGGCAAUGGACGUGUACAAACGGAACAAAGUUACAGUAGACGAAAUUUGGAGCUAAUCACUGAAAAACGGAGCAAAAUCGAUGAAUUUAGGAGUAAACAGGAUCAGGCGGAAAUGAAUAACACGGAGCAAGCAAAUGGAUGGUUUAACCCGCACAAAGUGAGCGAAGCAGAACGAUGGAAUACCACCAUGGCAGGAGCUGUGAAGGCAGCUACAGAUACAGCGAACCGUAAUACCCAAGGAGCACUGAUGGGUUUCUACAGUGAUAUAAUCCAGGAAAGCGAAAUUUCAUCUUGGACUGGAAAGCAAAAGCAAUUGAUGAAGGGAGUAUUGAAAAAACACUUUAAAUUAGAUGAUAUUAUUUUUUAA